GAUCCUCUCUCGCUCCCACUCCAGUCUUAACAUUGCUGUUCAUCACUCUGCUUAUUUAUUUACUCAUUCCCCUCUCCUCUUCAUUCACAUUCGCCCUCUUUUGGUGUGUCGCUGCUGUUCUUGUCCGCCUAGAAUCGGCCCAUUCCAUCGUCCCACCUGGAUCCAUUGAUAUGCCUUGAACCUUCCUCCCUGCUCACCGACAACCGCCUUCCUCUUCUUCCAUUCUCCCGUAGUUGUAACAGAGAUAGGGUGAGAGAGGGAGCGAGAGUGACUUUUGGAAGACCGGCUGGCAUUCCGGCCAUAUCGACGUCCGCGAUGGCCCUGAACGUGAAGCACCUAAACUCCGACGCCUCGUUUCUCCUGUCCUUCGAGCCCAUCAUCCCCGAAUUCUUGCAGGGUACCGUGACGCCCCGGCCUUUCACCAUCCUCCUCGACCCGUGGAUAACGGGCCCUUCGACCGUCUUCCACUCCAAGAUCUCGAUCGCGACAAACAUACAUCCGGCCUGCCUGUCCUCGCUCUCGGAGCUGCCGGCGCCGCCGGACCUAGUCAUCAUCAGCCAGAACAAGAGCGAUCACUGUAAUGAAGCUACGCUACGACAGCUCCCCGCCACCGGGACGGAAACGCUCAUCCUAGCCGAACCGGCGGCCGCCCGCCUGAUCAGGAGCUGGAAGUACUUUGACCCGCAGAAGGUCCGGACAAUAGAGCGGUGGGAGGACCCGCGGGUGACGGGCAGACAAUCCGUGGUGCGAGUACCAGUCCCGGCCGUGGUCCCUGGUGGCCAGGCGGGCGAGGUCACUGUCGCCUUCAUUCCGCAGAAGCGUGACUUCGUGGGCCUACACGCCGCCAUCGGCAUCACAUACCGGCCCCCGUCGACGCAUAACCUGCAACUCACUAUCCCUAUCGUAUCGAAACCGCCCUCGCCGCCGGCGACCCCGAAAUCCCUCAGCAGCCCGACUAGUAUCCCCCCGGCAUCCCACGCAGACACCCUAUCGACCGACACCCUCCGUUUGCCACCUACACCACCCGUAUCCCCACGUUCCCUUCGCCCUGUCCGAUCCGCAACCACCCUACUCCCGUCGCCGCCAACACGUCUAGCGCCCAGUCCCCCGCUCUCACAACCCCCCCAUUCUUCCUCUUCUUCCCAUGAUCUCCAUAUUCAUAUUCCGCCCAACCGGCCAGCAACCUCAAGUGGCUACGGCGGCAUUCCUCUUACGGCUGUGGCUGCCGCCGCCAUUUCGACGCGUCCCCUCUCUGUCCUCUUCUCCCCGCACGGCAUCGCGUACGCGCAACUAUCGGAGUACGCAACCUCACACCUAGUGUCGGAGGCAGCGCUGCCGCUGACCGCGCUAUUGCAUUGCAUCGACACCCUGGCGAACCCGUGGUGGCUCGGCGGGAACGUGUGCGCGGGUGCCCCCGCCGGCGCCGAGACGGCCACCCGCCUCGGCGCCCGGGUCUGGAUCGGCGCCCACGACGGUAUCAAGGACGUGCGUGGCCUCGGCACGAGUCUGCUACGCACGCGCCGCUUCGCGAGAGAGGAGGUCGAGAGUGCGCUCCAAAGAACGAUGAUGACGACGACGACGACGACGGGGCGGAAUAGUUCCCACUCUCGCGAAAAGGGAGAGUGGAAAGGAGGAGAGAAGAAGCGGGCGAGUAGAGGCACGACGGGAAGCAGUACAGGGAGCAGAGGAGGAGCUGUGGGGACCGAAGUCCUGCGUCUCGGCAGCGGCGAUGGGGUCCUUGUCUCCGGGACCGGCGCGCUGCGACGGUACACGAAGGAGGGCGGAGAGGAAGAGGGCGAGGACUUGUGGGCUGCCAGUAGUAAUGGGGCGGGGACGAGCAAGGCUCGUCGCCGGGAGGAGUCGAAGGCGAAGCUGCACUCCGGGGAGGUACCCGAGCAGCUGAAGCCGAAGAAGUCACUCCGGGGCGGUCUCUCACUACGCUUCAAGACCACGACAGUGCCGCCAAUACCAACCACGUGACGGAAUAUGUAUCGAGGGAAUUUGGGGGUGGAUAGCUGGCUACUGCGUAUCGCGCGGGAGUCGAGGUUGGGCUUCGCUGGGCUGGCUGGGUCUGGGUUUAUACGGA